UAUAAAAGUAAAAAAAAUAAAAUACUUAAAGCGUAAACAUAAAAUACAAUAAAAUAAAUAAAUAAAAUAAAACCUCUUGAGUCAUUGUUGAGGUUUGUGGGGAGCUUUUAUUCUGAAAAUCGUGUGAGCGAGCGGAACUUCCGCAGUGAGUUGAAGACGCGUGACGUCACGGCGAUCAGCUGACCCGCGGUAACGGUAACCGGGCUCCGCGUCUAUUCGCCGUUACCGCCGUGGCCCGCGCUCCAGGAUGUCCAGCCUGCGCGUGCUGAAGGCUCUGGUUACCGAGAGGUUAACGGCGGCGGCGGAGGAGAUCCUCGCGCUGGUGGAGAGCGUGAUGGCGGAGCGCGAGGCGGCGCUGAUCCGCCUGUACAGCCCGGCGGAGGGGAAGCGGAGCCCGGGCACAGAGCCGCCGCAGAGCCGCGGGCUCGCAGACGCUCAGCGGCUCCACGGCUUCGACCUCCAGCCUCGGCAGCCUGACGAGGAGCAGCAGGAGGAGCCUCCCGCCAUCAAACAGGAGCAGGAGCAAGAGGAGGAAGCGUGGAGCGGUCCCGAGGUUCCGGCUGACGCUCCUCAGACGACGGGACAGCAAGACGCCAAAGUCUUCGUCUACGGCCCGGAGCGUAAGAGCGAGAAGGUGGACUCCCCGCCCUCUGAGGAGGCUCUGAAGGCGGAGCUGAAAGAUGACGACGUCCUGCCGAGCACUUCCUGUGAGCUGACUGAUGCUCCUGCAGACCUCCCCCCUCCUGCAGACCUCCUCCCUCCUGCAGACCUCCACCCUCCUGCAGACCUCCACCCUCCUGCAGACCUCCCCCCUCCUGCAGACCUCCCCCCUCCUGCAGACCUCCUCCCUCCUGCAGACCUCCACCCUCCUGCAGACCUCCACCCUCCUGCAGACCUCCACCCUCCUGCAGCCGCUCAGAGUGAAGACGCUGACGGCAGCAACACUUCCCGUCGCUGUAAAGUUUGCGGCAAGACGUUCAGCUACCGCGGCUCUCUGAUGAACCACGCAGAGAUCCACGCCGACGACGAGCACUGCUUCUGCGGCGUGUGCGGCAAACCGCUGCCCGACGGCGAGAACCUGCUGGAGCACCUGCAGACGCACGUCAAGAUCCACAUCUGCCAGUUCUGCGGCAAAACCUUCUGGCGGCACGUCGACCUGGCGGUGCACACGCGCUGCCACACCGGCGAGAAGCCGUUCAGCUGCAGAGUCUGCGGGAAGGGCUUCAGCCGCAAGGGCAACAUGGCGAUCCACAUGAGGACGCACACGGGCGAGAAGCCGUACCGCUGCGGCGUCUGCGGGAAGUGCUUCAACAUCACGUCGUCCAUGAUCCGCCACUCCAGGACGCACUCCGGAGAAGCCCUACAGCUGUCACUUCUGCUUCAAAGGCUUCACCAACAGCUCGGACAUGAAGACCCACAUGAGGACGCACACCGGAGAGAAGCCCUACACCUGCCCCGUCUGCGGCAAGGGCUUCACGCUCAGCACGCCGCUCAAAUACCACAUGAAGCACCACACGGAGGAGCGGCCGUACUGCUGCAGCGAGUGUAGCAGGUGCUUCAGCGACAUCUACACGCUCCGACGCCACAUGAAGACUCACGGCGAGGAGAAGGCGUCGUGACGAGACCGGCUUGCGUCGCCACGGGGACUCUCGGGAGCGUGGCUGAAUCCGAUAGGCUGACAGAGCCUGUCAGUCAAGGCUGAAGGGCCUCCGAACAUCCGCCAUCACUGCAACACGUCCCCUGUGCCGUUUUUAAAACCAGAAAACUACGGGUUUAUUUUAAAACAGAAGUCUUAAUUUUAUAUUCUUUAAUGAAACAUCAAGAUAAAGUUGUGAUUAAGAACUUUUUUAAUUGAAUUUACGAGUUGUUGCUUAGCAACAAAUGAGGGCUGGUAGGAACACACCAUUACUGUUCGCAUUGAAGAAGUCGACCUGGUGUUUCCAUCACAACUGUCAUGGUGGACGACUUCUUCUCUGCAGACGUCUCUUUUAAUAACCUUCAUUCUUCUGACCAGCUCGGAAUCACCGUUUCUAAGUGGUAAAAAUAUGUAACAAUAAAAAAAAUAGCCAAUUUGGGCUUUAAUUCAAUUUAUUUGGUGUAACUGGCAGUAAAAACCCCUUGAGAUAAUUUCUGAAUGCUCUCAAGACAAAACAGGACGUUUUUCCCUCAUUCAGCGUGAAUACAGCGAGUUAAACACAGCGUGAUCGAUGUUCGGAUGUUACAAAUCACCAUAAAAACAUCGCGUGACGGUUGAAAAGCUACCACUACUAGCUUGCAACUCCCGUGGACUGCUACCAGCUAAGCAGACGACUUCAUACUGCUGUGCACACGUUAACAUGCAAAACAAUAUGUGCUAAAAUACCAAACGGUGCAGGCCAAAACCCUCAGCAAGUUAAUACCCAAAAGCUGCCAACUUCCUGAAAUGGAAACACGGGGGCGUUAGGUCUGUGUGAGAAACCGACCUAACGAGGAUGCAGUGUGGGAUGAGAGGGGACAUUAAUUAGCAAUGAGAGCAGCGUUUUCUGCUUACUCACCAAACUUCAUUCAUAAAUCCUACGGUUUUGUUUGUCUGGGAUGCCACCUCCUCCAAAACACCAAGGGACUCUUGAUAAGCUGGAUUAGUCCAGAUGGGACGGCUUUGAAGGGAACAGGGGAGUUGUCAGUUCAGUUAUGGAAAGCUCAAGGGACAGUUUAAAGGUCAUGUUAAUCAAAAAUAGAGAAAAUAUUGACGGCGAUGUGUGGAACCAUUAAGGAUUACAUAAAGAUUUAUUCCCGAUAGUCUUAAGGGAUCGUUUCUUUUAAAUAGUAGUUGUAAUAGCCGUUUUAUAGUGAUUUAUUGAGUAGUAAUGAUGAUGUCUUCUCCCAGUUCCUGACCCGUAUUCGUCCAGUAAAAACAUGCUUUUAUAUUGUUUUGUUUUUUUCACAGAUGCCGUCCUGCUUUAUUUUGUUAUCCCAGCCAUAACUUUGUGUAUAUGACCUUUUAUUUGAGCCAGCUUUCUCUGCUGAAGUUGUAUGUCUGCGAUUCCAGUGACUGUAUUUCCUAUAAAUCUGAAUUAAAACUGGGAGAUGUUUAGAAAACGGA